AUGGUUGCAGUGGGUAUGUAGUGUUGGAACUCUGAAGGGUAAGAGCUAUGUUAGAAGUUGAAUGAGAGCAGGGUGGUAUGUGGAAUCGGUUAUUAUAUCGUCAGUAACCUGUGAAGUUUGAGCUAAUAGGGACAAAUAUGGCUGUUAUAGGUCCUUCCACGCUAGUGGGAAACAGAUUUAACUUUAAUCACACACGUUAAGUUCCUACAGACUCUAGCAGACCGUUAAAUGAGCAGGAGAUGAGAAAUUCUAAAUUAACUGCAAAGAAGGUCUCUCUAUUCAGGAAGUAUGUAGGGAGGAUGUGUAAGUCCUAGGUGGGGGUGCAUGGCUAAUUCUACAUAAACAGUGAUUUCAAUUUUAAAUGGCAGUGAAUUAAGCUGUGAGACUGCUUUGGUUCUUGUGAACACUAACUAUGGUCAGGGUUUGUGACUACUAAAACAUACUGGACAUACCCCAUUUCCAUUUGCUAAUGGCAUGCCAAGAUGAGGGUUGCCUUUUAGACCAUAAGCUGCCAUAUGGUCUAAAAGGCAAAAGAGUCCCAGCAAUCCAAUCUGACAUAUUUUAAUGUGUGAAAACUGAAAUGGGUAAUCUCUUUAUUUGACCGUUGCUACUCAUGAAGGCGCUGAACAUUCCCCUCGACUGGUGCAGGGUUUUGCUGUGCUUGGGCAAUAGCCUCCCAGUGCUUCCUAUUGGAAAGCAUUGGAUACUAUAACCAGUACAAUGUAUUAUAGUGAAGGAGUUUGAAGGAGUUUUUAGUGAAAUACUUCUCUGGCACUCAAAAAAAGUACUGGGAUGGCUUAUCUUGUAACUGUCCAAAAUUGUACAGAAAAUAAAGUGCAACAUUCGUAUUAUCUCAGUGGUAGCAGAAGAGAGCAAGGCCAUUGAUGGCCAAACAGUCCCUGUUGUCUGCAAGCCAAUAAAAAAUGUUUUGAUUAAAAAAAAAACCUAAGUCUCGUCCCACCAUACCUACUUUAAUAGGCUCUAGUGGUUAUAUUUGUGUCUCUGUUACCAUUUUUUAUGAGGACUCAGAUUAUGUACAUGAUACUAAUUUGGCAGUUCUGUUGCAAUUUUCACUCUCUGAACUAUUCUUCAAGUUUAAGGAGAAGCUGAGCACCAUAGUGACUACAUGGCCAUGCUGAUGCCAAAAUAACGACUACAUGCUGACCAGCUAAGUCAGUCAAUGUCUUGCAGAUAUGCAUUAAGUUGGUUUUGGUGUUGCUAAUGCAAGUGGAAUUUUACAUGGCCUACAAGGUUUACAUGCCAAAUGCUGGGGGAAUCAAAGGAUUCCCCAGCAGGCUCUGAAAGAAAGCUGAUGCGGACCAUUUCCUUGCCACCUGUGUGAGUGAUUCGGCAUUGCUCUGGUAUUGCAACAUUCUCAUGCAUCGAGAAACUUCAAGGAAGUUUAAACUGUUACUUUGGCACAACACUACAUAACGUUUUCUGACCCCAAUAUUAGAUUGUUGAAGAGAAAGGAAUUCUGUAUUUUCAAUGUGAAUGUUUUGAAUAAAAUAGCCUGUUAUCCUUCCAGUUUUGGACAUAAAUCUCAUUUGAGUAUUUAUAUAUAUAUAUAUAUAUAUGAAUUAUUCCUUUUUCUAGAUGAUCCCUUUGAUAAACCACCAUGCCGAGGCUGUUCUUCAUACCUCAUGGAGCCAUAUAUUAAAUGUGCUGAAUGUGGGCCACCAGAAUUCCUUCUUUGCUUGCAAGUAAGUAGCCUAAAAAUCUAUUUUUUAUUAUUAUUAUUUAUUUUCUCAUGAUUUGAUGGUAUAGUAGUUUUGUACACAACAAUCUGGUGGCUUCAUACAAUACUGUACUGAUAUGUGGGCAGCCUGACAUGUGAAUAUGUUUUAUUAUGGAGCAAUGAAUGUCAUGCCUCAUAUGCAAUAAGUGGAUGCUUGGGUAACCUAACGUGGAAAUUGAAUAUGUCUCUUGAUGGUUAACCUUUGCAGGUAAAUGGAAAAACACAAGUGGAUAAACUGUAGCCAUAUGUGUAAAUAGAAUAAUAAGAAACAAAAAGAUAAAACCUAGAUGGAUUAAAUAAAAAUAAGUGUGCCACCCUACGGGCAAAUGCAAGAAUAUAUGGGAAGCAGUGCAGUUGAAUGCAAUAAUGUGUUAGAUAAUUUUCUUUGCAAGAAAGAAUACAUUGGGAUCUUACUUUCAGUUAUGUUCUGGAGAGUAUAGACAAAUAUCGUAGCCAUUACCGAGGCUGAUGUUUUUCAUCGACUGGCAGAUUUGACAUGUUGCUGACGGUUCUUCUACCUUUGGAAUUUUUCUAGGAUAAAUUAUUUUCCAGUAGAUGUUAAAUCAAUAUGUUUAUGUUUGUGCAGCCCUAGCCACAUUUUCACUGGCAAUGACUCACACAGCCUGCAUGAAAAAAUUGUUUUAUUUUCAAUCAGAUGUUAACUUGUUUCAGAAGUUUUUAAUCUCCUGCUCUGUAAAUUGAAUUUUAAUCACACAGGAAUCUCCAGUAGGGUCUAGCAGGCUAUUAACAGAGCAGGAGAUAAGGAAUUCUAAAUUAAACAGACUGCGCAAUAAAGGAAGUUUGACCAUUGGAUCUCUCUUUACAGGAAGUUUUUAUGAAGGCUGUGCAAGUCACAUGCAGGGAGAGGUGCCUAACUCUGUGUAAACAAAGUCAUUUAACUCCUAAAUGAAAGAGAAUUCAGCAGUAAGAAUGCAGGGGCAUGAUUUAUACACAGUGUCCCUUUAAGAUUAUUUUUGGUAUUUAUAUAGUGUCAACUAAUUCCACAGUGCUUUACAAUAUUUUAAAACGGGGGUCUGGGUGAAGUGGUCUGGGUGCCUAAAGUGUCCCUUUAUGUUCUCACGAUGGGUGGUUAUAGUCCUUUUUUUUGUUUUGUGCCAAGAAUUGUUAAGAUAAUUGCACUUCUAUAUCUUUCAGUGCUUCUCAAGAGGAUUUGAAUAUAAGAAACAUCAAAGCAAUCACAGCUAUGAGAUUAUGGUAAUUGUAUUCAAUUGUUUUAGGUUUCGACUAGCCUAUGGCACUUGUCAUUGUUAGAUUUUACACCACCAUCACAUUCUCCAGUCUGAGAUACACAAAAAAUGGUUACUAUUAUACAAACAUUUAUUUCUUUACUCAUAAUAGGGCCAAACAUCCUUAAACCAUACCUAUAUUAUCUAUAUCUUUUUUUUUUUUUGCAGAGGAAUACUUUGUUUAGAAAUUAUUGCUAUAUGCUAUAUUUAGUUCUCUUAUAUAUUUCAUUUGUCCAUUGUUGUUUGUUCUGCAUAAAUUAUUUUAAAAAUUGUAUUAUUUCAGACCUCCGAUUUUCCAGUCUUGGAUCCCAGCUGGACAGCUCAGGAGGAAAUGGCUCUUCUUGAAGCUGUAAUGGAUUGUGGAUUUGGAAACUGGUAAGGAGUAAAAUAAAAUCCUGAAAUAUAUAGCUGUCUGAGUUUGGUAAUAAUAAACCUCUGAAAUAUCCUACUUAAUAAAGCAAUGUAUAUAGUCACAUAGGCUUAAAAGAGACAUGCGUCCAUCAAGUUCAGCCUUCCUCACAUUUGUUUUUUGCUGUUGAUCAAAAAGAAGGCAAAAAAAGUUUGAAGCACUUCCAAUUUUGCAACAAACUAGGGAAAAAAAUCCUUCUUGACCCCAGAAUGGCAGAAAUCAGCGUGUCUUGACCAGUUAUUAUCUGCUUAUAACUUGCCCGAGUUUAAAUUUCAGAUUCGGAGGAUGUGGUACCGUAUAUACUCGUCUAUAAGUCGAGUGCAGUGUUUUAACCAACAAUUGUAAAAUAUGCUAUGACUCAUAAGUUGAGGGUACUGUAUUCAAAUGGAAUUGUUCUCCUUCUGUUCGGUUACCGUACUGCAUUCAAAUGGAAUUGUUCCCCUUCUGUUCGGUUACCGUACUGCAUUCAAAUGGAAUUGUUCCCCUUCUGUUCGGUUACCGUACUGCAUUCAAAUGGAAUUGUUCCCCUUCUGUUCGGUUACCGUACUGCAUUCAAAUGGAAUUGUUCCCCUUCUGUUCGGUUACCGUACUGCAUUCAAAUGGAAUUGUUCCCCUUCUGUUCGGUUACCGUACUGCAUUCAAAUGGAAUUGUUCCCCUUCUGUUCGGUUACCAAACAGACUCUGUGUGGUCCCCCUUGUUAACACCUCUUAAUCAUCGACCACCCCUGGCUGUUAACCACAAACAAGCAUUCCCUGGGUGGCCACCAUUCGUAUAUACGAACGCAUGUGUUCAAACAAUCUUGUCUCCUGAACUCAGGCAGCAGUACAUGGGCGUCAACUGCAUGGAUCUCUGAGUCGGCUGCGCAAACCUGCGAAUCCCACCAAAACUUCUACCCCUGCCCGUUCGACUUCUCGAACAGCUAGGAGAAUGGUGUUCGGGAGUCGAAAUUCUAUUGAAACUAGCACUGACCCGUGGAUAGGUAGACAUUGCGUUUAUGACUAAAAUUUCUCAACUUAUCCACGAGUAUACAUGGUAACUUUCUAAGAAUUAAUAACAGCUUGUGCUAUAAUUUUUAUUUUGAACAGUCUCAUAAAUGUAUGACACAUAAAUGUAAGGUUUUGAAGCUCUUAAAUUGCCAUUAGAAUACGUUCAUUGAUAUGUGUUUAAAGGUUCACUAUAGGGUCAGGAACACAAACCUGUAUUCCUGACCCUAUAGUGUUUAACCUACCAUUUAGGUGGAUUGCAACGCCCACUCCCCUCCCCCCCCCCAUUAUAAAAGUAUGAAACUCACUUUAUUUCCAGCGCUGGCUUCGUCCCCUUGGUGACAUUAUCGAAAUGGCAGAUUUUCAAUGAAUCAAUGCAUCUCUAUGAGGAAAAUUCUGCAUCUCUGAAAAGGCAGUGUUUACAUGAAAAUGCCUGAAGGGAGGGAGCUAUUAUACUCACCAGAACAACUACAUUAAGCUGUAGUUGUUCUGGUGACUAUAGUGUCCCCUUGACAUUUUGUCUUGUUAAUUAUCUGUUUCUAAUGUAUUGCUGUACUCUUGACAUAUCACUUUGAGAAUGCUGUGGUAAAUGGGUUUCCAAUACAUGCAGCCCACAUUUGUGUUGGCAACAGAAGAUAUAUUUGUGAUUCAGCUGGUUGAGAUUUCCAUAGAAUUUAAGGUUGUGAUAUCAUCUGCACUUUCUGCAUCAUUAAAUCCCAACAAAGACACAGAAGGAAGAGGGCGAAAAAGAAAGUUCUUUAACUCAUGGUCUGAGGAAAUCUGACACCCCCCCCCCCCGCCCCUUACUAAUUUUAAAUGUAUUUAUUUAUUUUUUAAUUUCUUCUUUUCUUGGGGCACAGAGCCCCAGGUGGCCAAAACCUUUCACUUUCUUCUCUACCUAUAUCCUUCUCACGUCUUUCUUUUGCACUAACCAUCACAAUCCAUUAAUCUCAAGAAUGUAUAUAGUUACUUUACUUUUCCCCCAUCCCUUACCCUUCUACCAUAUGAAAGCAACCUAAAAUGUGAAUAAAGAAUAAAUACACAAACCCGUAUGACCAUAUAGAUACAGGACAAUUUAACAAUUCUUCACUGGCCAGUAGCCACUCACUGUGCAUGAAGGAAUGAGUGAACUUGUGAGAUUUGCUUAUAACAAAUUAGUACCAUGCCUACAUUGCUGAACGUUCAGUGCUAAUGACGAUACCCUUAUCAGAUGAAAACAGACUCUGUGCAGUCCUGGAUUAAAAUAUCGUACCAUUAUAGUGCGGAUUCUAUUGCAAUGUAUUGUCAAUGUAAUAACUUGUUAUUACUUAUUACGAAAAUCAAAUGUAAAGUUCUUUUGAAUUGUUUAUGUAGUGCCCACCCAUUACCAUUUCCUGAUAUUUUCUCCUUUUAAGGCAAGAUGUUGCCAAUCAAAUGCGCACAAAAACAAAGGACGACUGUGAAAAACACUACAUGAAACAUUUUAUCAACAACCCGCUCUUUGCAAGUACCUUACUCAGUCUGAAGCAAGCAGAGGAAGAGAAGCAUGUGAACACAGCCAUUUCGUUCCAACGUAAGACAAGCUCAUAGUGUUCAGAUAUGUGCAAAAGAUUAAUCUAGUGGCACAGAUAAGAUAUUUACACUUUUUGAAUGACUUGAUAAGAAGCUUUAGCUUUCCAUAAAUCUGGGCAAGGAUGAUCCCAGAGAGAACCUAGACCACCUGAGCAGAAAAUGAUUUUAGAUGUUGAAGAUCAACAGACAUGCUGAUGUAUGCCAUGUUGGAGCAUGUAGAUUUAUUUCCCUUGCUGCUCAUUGCUGUGUCUUUCAUAGCUAGGUGUAAGCUGUCAUUCCUUACUUGUACUUAUUCCAGUUAAACCGACAUAAUAUUAGUCCUUGUACACCAGAAGAAAUUCCCUGUGAUCAUGCCUCCCCAAAGCAUCAGUUUAACAUGCCAUGAAAAAUGCAUUACUCUGCUCCGAAUGUUCAGAUUAGUAUGUAACUAUUCUCCCUUUAUUAUUUUAGCUGCUGACGAUCCUCCAAGACCAACAUUUGAAUCCUUGCUUUCCAGGGACAUGGCAGGAUACAUGCCAGCUAGAGCGGACUUCAUAGAGGUAAUAAUUCCGUAAAUAACUGUAUAGUUAUUUUAACAGUUGAACAAAACGUAAUUGCUAAGAAAUGUUAUGCUGUACAUUUUUUUUUUUUUUUUUGAGGAAGGAACAUACACACCUAAAGUGAUUAUAUAAUAUUGUGUUAUGUUUAAAAAUAAUCAGAAACAUUUGUAAAAACAUGAACAACUGCUUUAUAUUUAAAUAAGCCAUAUCGCUUAUCUUUUGUUGAAAGAGACACUAUAGUCACCAGAACAACUACAGCUUAUUGUUUUUGUUCUGGUUAAUAGAAUCGUUCCCUUCAGGGUUUUAGCAGUAGACAUUGUCUUUUCAGAUAAAAUGCAGGGUUUACAUUACAGCCUAGUGAUAACUUCACUGGCCACUCCUCAGAUGGCUACUAGAGCUGCUCACUGUGCAGUACUGCCAUUCAGUGUCUCCACCCUCUGCAUGGAGACACUGAACUUUCCUCAUAGAGAUGCAUUGAUUCAAAGCAUCUCUAUGAGGAGAUGCUGAUUGGCCAGGGCUGUGUUUGACUUGUGCAAAGUAGGAAUAAGGACUAGCGCUUUUUUCUCACAAUAUAUUAUACUAGCGUAUAUACAGUGAUCUUAUACAGAUGAGCAGCUAAACAUUCUUGUGACUCCUUCAAUGUCACCAACUACUUCAACAAGAAAACAUUUUUUUUUUUUUUUAAAGAAUGUAGCGCUUAUAAAAUAGACAAAUUAUCACCUUUUUAUGUUCUGUUGGGAGAUAAAUUCUCAUUUAAGUGUCAAAAAAGUGGAUAUCUAAAAAAGAUAAUCAAACAUAGUGUAGAUGGUACAUUGCCAUAAGGUUAUAUUUGUAUAUGAUUAUUACACACUCACAAACGGAGAGCUAUGGACCCAGCUCUGGUUUGAAUCUCUUCUGGGUCCGUAUAGGCGACCCACUGCUGCUGUGAAUGUAUAUCUUGUCCUAAAAGGGAAUAGAUACACCCAAGAUAGCGCAUCACAGUUGGUGGUAGUAUAACAUAAAAAUACCGUUCCCAAAUGGGUACUUACAAACAGGGAGUCUAAAUUGACUCACUUCUUGAGCGGUAUUCAGAUUAGGGACUGCACUCCCAAAUGUAGAAUGAUGAAUGGAGAACCAGGAUGAAGAGUAAAAAAAGAUAAACAAAUUUAUUAAUACAAUCUAAAAAUUAAAAUAGGAACAAUGUCCAAAUAAAACCGGAACGCGUUUUCUCAUUGAUCCGGUUGAAGAAGCCACGUCCCAGUGGUGAAACGCAUUCCGGUUUUAUUUGGACAUUGUUCCUAUUUUAAUUUAUACAUUGUAUUAAUAAAUUUGUUUAUCUUUUUUUACUCUUCAUCCUGGUUCUCCAUUCAUCAUUCUACAUUUGGGAGUGCAGUCCCUAAUCUGCAUACCGCUCAAGAAUUGAGUCAAUUUAGACUCCCUGUUUGUAAGUACCCAUUUGGGAACGGUAUUUUUAUGUUAUACUACCACCAACUGUGCUGUGCUAUCUUGGGUGUAUCUAUUCCCUUUUAGGACAAGAUAUACAUUCACAGCAGGGGUGGGUCGCCUAUACGGACCCAGAAGAGAUUCAAACCAGAGCUGGGUCCAUAGCUCUCCGUUUGUGAGUGUGUAAUAAUCAUAUACAAAUAUAACCUUAUGGCAAUGUACCAUACACUAUGUUUGAUUAUAUCUUUUAGAUAUCCACUUUUUUGACACUUAAAUUAAAAUUUAUCUCCCAACAGAACAUAAAAAGGUGAUAAUUUGUCUAUUUUAUAAGCGCUACAUUCUUUGAAUUUUUAUUUUUAUUUUUUUUUCUUGUGUUUGACUUGUGCUGGUUCGGCCCCUGAUCUGCCUCCUUGACAAUCUCUGCCAAUCCUAUGGGAAAAUAUUUUGAUUAACUCACAGAAUAACUUCUGAUGAUGUCAGCCAAGCAGGCAGAUCAUGGGCAGAGGCAGCAGCUGCAAACGUGAGUACAAGUAAGAUUUUACUAUAUUUAGGGAGGCCAGAGGGGAGGGGCUAGAUAGUGGUUUUAGCACUAUAGGGUCAGCAAUAUAUGUUUGUGUUCCUUUAAUUAGGUUGUGAAUAAGUUCCAAAAAGUAUAAUUCAGAAUAUUGCUUGGUUUAAAAAAUAUAAAAAUUUUGUCAAAGACAAUAUAAUACAUGUUCUCCUACAAAGAAAUUGUGUAUGGCUAUGUCUUAUGUAAUGCUAAUAAUAUUGAUAACUGCUAAUUAAUAAUAUUUAUAUUUGCUAGUUUUGGGUCUCCCAAUGCAUACUAGUCUUUAGCUGUAGAGGUCCAGGAAAUCUUUAAUACUGUUAUGGUGCUAUCUAGAUGACUAUAGAGCUUGCUGGUAGCUGGAAGCAACUUUUACAGCACUGCAUGCUGACAAUGUUCCUUGACAUUUGUCAUCAAAAUGUAUAACGUUCAGGUCUAUUUCAAGGAGAUCAAUUUGAUUCUGCCAUACAUAUGCAAAGUAAGCCUUGUACUUUAUAAUUCUUAUUGUAUAUUAAAGUUGUGAUCAUUUUUUACCCUCCAUAUAAAUAUGUAUAAGGGAUGUUUUCAGAUAUUUUUUUUUAUUUCAGGAAUUUGAUAACUAUGCAGAAUGGGACUUAAGGGAUAUUGACUUUGUUGAAGAUGAUUCAGAUAUAUUGCAUGGUAAGCAUUUUUUCUUGUAAUUGCUUGAAGAAAAAAAAGUAUAUAACAAUAGGGGAAAAAAAAAUAAUUUUGGAGUCAUGUUUAUUCCUCAUUCUCAGGUCCUCUGUCAGAGGCCUGGGAGUUUGAGGGUUUUGCGCAGUAUCUUAGCUGUUCCUAGAACUGCACUCUUCUGGACAGAAAUUUCCGAUGUCCCACCUGGAAUCUGUUGAAGCCACUCCCUUAAAGGGAAACUCCAGUGCCAGGAAAACAAUCCAUUUUCCUGGCACUGCAGGUUCCCUCUCCCUCCCACCCCCCAAUCUCCGGUUGCUUCUCCCUCUGCGCCGCUCCUCCUUCUGACUGAUUCGGCCGGUGGACGAGACUGAUCCCGCCCACCGGCCGGGAGACCUAAUGCGCAUGCGCGGCAAUGCCGUGCUUGCGCAUUAGUGCUCCCCAUAGGAAAGCAUUGAAAAUGCAUUGAAAAUGCUUUCCUAUAGGGAAAUAAGCGACGCUGGAUGUCCUCACACAGCGUGAGGACGUCCAGCGAUGCUCUAGCACAGGUUUCCUGUGCUAGGAACCAGGAAGUGCCCUCUCGUGGCUGUCUAGUAGACAGCCACUAGAGGUGGAGUUAACCUUGCAAGGUAAUUAUUGCAGUUUUAAAAAACUGCAAUAAUUACACUUGCCGGGUUAAGAGUAGUGGGAGUUGGCACCCAGACCACUCCAAUGGGCAGAAGUGGUCUGGGUGCCUGGAGUGUCCCUUUAACUUGGGAGUCACAGCCCCUAGUGCUCCUAUCACAACUCUGACUACUACUGCCUUUACCUUUCACAUCCUUUUCUAGUACUUCUUUCAGUCCUUGGUAUUUCUCCACCUUCUCAUAUUCCUUCAUCCUGAUGUUAUAGUCACUGGGUAUUACCACAUCCAUUACGACUGCAGUCUUUUGUUCCUUGUCUACCACUACGAUGUCGAGUUGGUUGGCCAGCACUUGUCUGUCUGGAUCUUGAAGUCCCACAGGAUCUUAGCCCUGUCAUUCUCAACUACCCUUUGUGGUAUCUCCCAUCUGGACUUUGGCAAGUCCAAUCCAUAUUCUGUGCAGAUGUUUCGGUACACAAUCCCAGCAACUUGGUUGUGUCUCUCCGUGUAUGCUGUUCCUGCUAACAUCUUGCAUCCGGCUAGUAGGUGCUGGACUGUCUCAGAAGCCUCUUUGCACAGUCUGCACCUUGAGUCUUGCCUGGUGUGGUAGACUCCAGCUUCUAUUGAUCUGGUGCUGAGUGCCUGUUCCUGUGCUGCUAGGAUUAGUGCCUCAGUGCUGUUUUUCAGUCCUGCCUUUUCCAACCACUGGUAGGAUUUUGUCAUGUGAGCCACAUCCACUAUCUGCCGGUGGUACACCCCAUAGAGAGGUUUGUCUUGCCAAGGAAACUCCUCCUUUUCUUCAUCCUCUAUCUAUUGAAGUCUCAGGCAUUCCCUUAGAAGUUCAUCUUUGGGAGCUCCCUUCGUAAUGUACUUGUGGAUGCUUUGUGUUUUAUCCAGGACUGUGGCCUUGAUACUCAUCAGGCAGGUGUAUACUCUCUGGGUGCUGGAUUUUGGAUGGAAUCCAUCAUUCAUAGUGAGUAGUUUCCUGGUCUUGACAUCCAUGGUGACCAGUUCUCCUCUUGGCUGGAUUAUUAUUCCAGCUGGUUACCUGAUGACCGGCAGGGCAUAUGUGUUGAUGGCUUGGAUCUUGUUCUUGAAAUUAAGCUGGGACUUCAGGACCUGUCUGACUCUUUUGAGUCAUAAGGGAAAUGAUCCUAGGAGAGAGAGAGAGAGAUAUAUAUCUAUAUCUCUCUUUGUUAUGUACAUCCCUGCCUUAUCAUUUAGACUGAACUUGCUUUUUUAAAAGAAAGUUAUAGUGUCAUUAAUAUAAACAUGUAUUCCUGACCCUAUAGUUGUAAAAACAUAGUUUAGGCUCCCUUACUGCCUUUAAAAAGUUAGUUUACUUACUUUUUCUCCAGCGCUGCACCAGCUCCUUCUCCGUGACUGAGAUCAUCAAAUUUGACGAUCUUCACCAACCCAAUGCUUAAGAGGCUAUUGUGCAUGCGUGGCAUAAUUCAGCACUGCACCAGUCAACAUCUCCUCGUAGAGAUGCUUUGAAUCAAUGCAUCUCUGUGGAGAACUUUCAGUGCAUCUCUGUAGAGACGUUGAAUGUAAGUGCUGCACACUGCAACAUUGGCCCAGGAAGCACCUCUAGUGGCUGUCUAAGGCUGCCACCAAAGUUGUUCCUAGGCAGCAAUGUCUGUAUGUUUUUUUCUGAAAAGGCAGUGUUUACUCAGUAAAAUAAAUUAUGAAUUUAAAAUGAAUUAAAAGUAAAUUUAAAUCGAUCAAAACAUGAGAUAUGUCAAUUUUGCUUUUAUAAUCAAUCGCAUUGUUGUUAAUAUUUUUUAUUCUGUAUUUUGAUUCACAUCAGCUUUGAAAAUUGCAGUUGUGGACAUCUAUCAUUCCAGGCUGAAAGAACGACAGAGAAGAAAAAGGUUGGUGGUAGUAAUGAUAUACCAUUGAUUGUAGAAAUAUGUGUUGGAAAUGAUAUACUGCUUUUGCUGGAUGAACUACUUGCAAGUUCUGUUCACCAAUGAAUAGGCUCUAACAUAAUGUACUGAAGCCAUCCAACAGUGAUAUGUUUGCUUAUAUGAGAACAAGUGGCUCUUUCACAUAAUCUGCAAAUUGAGAAAUAAUGGGAAUUGGGGGCACACCCGGAACAUGCAUUUCUUAGUUGUAGUGCUGCCAUAAAGGACAAAAUAUAUACAAAAUACAGAUUAGGGAACAGCGCACACACACACAAAUACUUUUUUAAAUAUUACAAGACUUCUUAAAAUCUACACCAUAUGGCCAUAUUGUGUUAAGCCCACCACAACAUCACAGUACCCCAAUAUAGGUAGGUCCUACUCUUAGAUGCUAACUUCAAUGCUUACUGCUUCAACUUCUUCUAGAAACUCUCCUGAAUUUAUGCUUUCCCUUGGAUACCUCCAAAGGGCACCUUAAGUGGGUUGCUCAGCCCAAUAGGAAUCUGGUCUGGGUUCCAAAUUUCUUUGCUGAGAUGGGUGAUUAAGUAACUUUGUAAAAUGUUUAAAUAAAAAAUCUUGUGUGCUCUGUUCCCUAAUCUGUAAAUUGAGAAAUAAACCUGUAAAGCACAGGUAGCGCCUCUACUAGCAGGUUACUCUGAGCCGCUGUGUGCCACUUGAGUUUGGCUCCACUGAGCUAAACUACCAGGAAGCAAGAGGACCAGUUGUCUGAUUUUCUACUGAAACCUGUACAUUUUGUUAAAUGAAAAAAAAAAAAAAGGAAACUCUUCACACGUAAAGUACAACCGCAAGCUGAAUUGCCCUAGGUGCCUGGAGUGUCCCUUUAACCUUGCUACAUUCCACCCCACCUGUUCUGACUGUCAUUCAGACAAACAGUCCUGUUGAUUCCUUGUAAACCCAAAAGGCAGUCAAUUGCCAUGUACCUGCCUUGCAAAGAAUUCUCAUUGUGCUGCGUUGGGAUGUCUGUGAUUGGACAGCCAAACAUGUCUGGGCUGGGAAAGAAGGGGAAGGAUUUCAAAGUAUGCAGAUGACUUUUUUUUUUUUUUUAAAUAUAACUCUAAUGAUAAAUGCAUAAUUCAAUGCAUGCAAGUUUUCAUUUGGGGUAUAUCUAUCUUAUGGUUUUGUGUUUAGGCAGUGUAGUGUCCUUUUAAAAGUUUCAUUAAAUUGAUUAGUAACCUCUAGAUUCCUGCACGUGCAUAUAGAAUAGUAAAUGUAUGUUUGCUGGUCAAAUAGAUCUGUUUUUAUUGUUGGCUUUAUUUUUUUGUUAUAGAGUUGUGUAAAUAUGUGUUUUUUUUUUUUUUGGUUUUGUUUUUUUAAUUUUUCAUACUUUAUCCCUUUUUAGAAUUAUAAGAGAACAUGGUCUUAUAAAUCUCAGAAAAUUUCAAAGUAAGUCUUUAAUUUUUACGUGCAAAAUAAGUGGGUAGUUUUAUAACAAUUUGACACUUAUUGCAUUUAUAUUGUGUGUUUUUCUUUUUGUUUCAAAUUCUACAUCGUUAUUAUAAUCAUCCUUAAAUAUGUAAUCCUAUUUCCACUUAGUUUUGGAAAGAAGAUACCUUAAAGAUAUUCAAGAACUGUAUGACACAAUGAGACGAUUUGCCAGAGUUCUGGGACCAUUAGAACAUGAUAAAUUCAUUGAAAGUCACGCUUGUAAGUAAAAAUUUUAAAUUAUGUACAACUGAUUUGAUUAUAGUAUUACUCUUUACUUUUUGAUACUUGUAUUUAGGAGUGUUUGUGGGGGUUAUUUAUUUUUUAUAAUUUUUUAUGUUUUAUUUAGAUAAGCUACUGUUUCAUAAAUCAAAUAGGUCUGUCUGUGAUUGUAUUAGUGUGUGUUUUUGUUUGCCUCAUUCUCUCGCACACUCUUUCUUUCACAUUCUUGCUGUGUUACAUAUUUUUGUGGUUUAAAUAAACUUGGCUUUUGCAACCAAAACAGCAAUUUUUUUUGUCAUGAAUUCAGCAAGUGUGUUGUGAGCUUAACAAAAUGCACAAGAUCAGAGACCCCAUUUAGUUUUGCUGUAGCUUUGAACUAAUGCCCUGUUUGGGGCAUAAUUACAGUCUAGAAAAUGUUUGCCCACGCCAUUUCACCACCGUCAGUCAGUCCAGUUGGCGCAUGUCUCAAGUUCUUACAGUUUUGUACAUGCCUGCAGUAGCCUCAUAUUUUUCGUGUUAGUUGAGAAGUGGAAUCCAGCAAUGGUGUCUCCUGCCGUAAUCCAUCUGUUUGUUUCAGGUUUUAAAUACAUUCAGAAACGUCCUUUUUAAAACCACAUUUGUAAGAAGAAUUGAAGUAUUUGUGGCUUUUUAACCAUCUUAAAUCAAUAUAGCUCUUCUGACUUUUUUCAUUAACAAGAUGUUUUUGCUGUCGCUAGCUAGAUAUUAUUUAUCUGUAGGUUGAAUAUCUAUGGUGCUAAAAUUUCAAGCGCUCGUGGUUAAUGAGAUGCUAAAACUACCAAAUCCUAUCCAACAAUAAUAAGCACACCACAGUUAGUCUCGUCAGUUAUAUGUUUCCUUAUCCUUAUAUUUGGUUAAACAGCAACUUAUUUUAGUAGCGAUUUAUGUAUGUUUGCUGCUAUUUGUGUUAAUAAGCAUUUGUGCCUGAUAAUGUAACUGCUAGUGUGUGGUAGUCAGUGCAACACACACCACAAUUGUUUUUUUUUUUUGUUUUUUUUUUGAUCCUUGAUUUUACCAUUAUUAGUGCAAUUCUGGUCCUAAAAAUGAAUCUCUUUUGCAAAUUAUACAUGUACCCUGCUAUACAUGUAUUCUCCUUAUUUCUCACCUUUUACAAGCAUGUGUAUUUUGUUUUGUUUUUCUUUCAGUGGAAUUUGAAUUGCGCAGGGAGAUCAAGAGGUUACAGGACUAUAGAAGUGCAGGGAUUAAAACUUUUUGUAGUAAGUAAAUGCAAUGAAACGGUGCAAAUUUCCCAAGUACCUAUGUAAAGCGUCAAAUCUAAUCAAGGUGUGGUGAAGAAGUGGGAGCAACAAAUAUACAAGAGAAAAAGAUCCAAUCGGUGGAGGCUUUUUUUUUUCUGCUUUUUUUUUAGUUAAAUGCCUCCACCAGGUGCAGUAGCAAAUAUAGCUGCUUUAAUUAAAGAAUACCUCAUAAAAAUGAUAAACCACAAUACUGAUAAAACCUCAAGCUUAUUGUUUUUAUCUGACCAUAUUCUGUGGAGGCAUGUAGGCAAACCAACUGGAUCCUAUUCUCUCAUAUGCUCUCAGAUUGAGAAUCUGCAGUUUCUGACCCCUAAGAGUGUGUAAAUGAGGUAGGACUUAAUUUCACAUUGCCUAUAGUUAUUAUUUGGGCACCAGUCUUGUGACAAAUUUCAACAUGCAGCAAACAUACUCCAUGGUGUUGGGAUAUCUGCUACUGAUGCCAUUAAAAACUACUUGAAAGCAUUGCACAGGAAACUCGCUUAAACUGAAUGCACUUUUAACUAUUUUUGUUGCAUAUCUGGGUGCACCUCGACUAUUUAGUUAUUAACAGGUUUAAACAUUUUCUGAUUUUUGUUUUUAUGUCCUUUUAAUCACAGGUGCAAAAGUAUAUGACAAAUUAAAAAAAACUCGCGACGAAGCACGCUUGAAGAGAACCCUGCUUUCUGAGGUCCUUCAGUAUAUUCACGAUGGCAACGCUUGCCAACAGUGGCUCAAGAGACAAGCAGCUAUGUAUGGUCAAUUUUAUGUUGUCCUAAUUUCCUGUGUUGGUCUUUCCCUCAAACAUAUUUAUAUAGUUUUAUCAAUGAAUCUUGCUCUCCAGGGGCCGCAUACAAUUUUGGACUGUAUGUUUAAGUGGGAAACAGUUUGACAACUUGUAAUCAGUGUUUCCCAAGUGAUGCAGAGCUAUAUUUCCGUGUCUUGCACACUUUUUAGAAAUUUUCAUGUGUGGUAGGGUUCCCAAUUACAAAUGUUCCUUUGUUCGGCACAUCACAUUGACACAUGCAAGAAAAGAGCAUAUUCUGUGAACAUGUUCCUUGGCAAUAGCGCAUAUAACAUUGCCUCACAGUGCUGCAUUAACGAACAGUGAUAGGACAUUAUCCCUGCUGCAUACCAGCUUGCUAAAGUUCCCCCAUUCCCUCAGGUACUGUGCAGUCUAGUAUCCCUACUAUUCUUCUCUCUGACCACACACUUUCCCUCCUUGUCUGCCUCGUUGUGUUUAGCACACAUUAUUUUAUGUGUAUGAGUAUAGUAUCAUACAACAUCCCUAGAAUUUGCAAUUUUUUUUUUUUUUAAAUCGAAAAUACUUUAUUUCACCAGCAGCGUUUUCUCAGUCUAUUAUAACAUGUUACUGCCCUUUACUUCCAUGGAGUGUUCUCUACCACGUUUCAUGUCUCAUCUUUGUGUAUAGUUAUCCUAUGUUAGGACCCUGAGCAACAGCUGACUUAUUUCUUUAUCUUUCUGGUGCUUGUAAACACAACUCUGUUACUUAGUCUGCACAGUUGUCUAUUAUACUGUGCAACUACUCUUCAGACCAGUACCCUGUUUGCACAUACUUGUGUGCUUUUAUCUACUGAGAAUGUCAUACCCAGACUUCUUUGUCACACCUAGCUCUCCUACUGGACAGAGUAUCCACCAAGAAGACCACCACAUUUGAUUAAGUUUGGAUAUGAAUGUAAAAAGUUUAUUUCCUAAUUGUGGGGACAGUGAAAUUUUAAACAAAAUCUGGAAUUUUGUUUGUAAAACAUAAUGCAUAAUCACAACUUUGCAAUUGUAAAAUAUGUAAAUGUAGUCAUUCGUGUGUGUCUGGUUUUGUACAUGUCAAAUUAUCUUUUUCUCUGGAUUGCUUUUAUUUAAUAUAGGUUAUUUAAAAUAUGUUUAUGAUUUGAAUGUAUCCUCCUGUGUUUUCAUAUUUGAUUUUGUCUAUCCAAAUAAUCCUUCUUCUUCUUCUUUUCAGUGACGCUGGUGUGCAUCAAAUUACACCCAUUGUAUCUAGUUCAGGUAAAUUUCAGGCAAAUCUCUGAAGUUGUCAAUAUACUGUGCCUUAUUCUCAAACAUGUGCAGCUGGAUAAAACAUAUUUACAUUAAUCUCUUGGCAUCAAAACACAUGCUGUGGAGCAUAAUCUUUUGGGGGUUGUAUGUUUAUUUUAUUCCAUUUGUAUUCAAAUCCAAUCCUCAAGGCAUACCAGUGUCCAGGUUUCUCUGUAUCCCUAUUGGAGCAGGAAUGGACUGUUGGUGCACAUUGAAGAGUUGAGUCACCGUUCUAUUAUAUGAUCUUUUUUUUAAACGGACUAAAUGUUUGUCUUCCCAAUCAACCUCAAAGAUUGUUAUACAUUGUUUGUGUAAGCAAUAGCUAUCUGUAAUUAUACAAUUAAUGUUAUAUCUGUUUUCAAUUGCCACCUCAUGCUUUCAUCACUAAAUAUUAAAGGGAGCCUACAGUCCCAAAAAGAACAAUCCUUUUUUUAUUUUAUUUUUUAUAAAGGACUAUAGGUUCCAUACUGUGCCACUAAACCAAACUAAAGUUAAAUAAUGAUUCUUUAUAUAGUCUCCAAUACAAGGACUCCUCUGCUGCAAUUGCCUUCUCCACCUUUAAAGAUGAGACCAUAUCUUCUCCAAUAAAAUUCUUCUCCUAGAGGAACAAUUGAUUAGAAAUAGGCAUGCACAGCCAAACACUGCGCUCCUCCAAUCAAAUGUUGCAAUUUGAUUCCAGGACUGUGCUAGACUCCGUUCUGGAGAAGGAAGCACCUCUAGUGUUUGUCAGGAAGACCAAACCACUAGAGGUGCAUUUAAUCCUGCAUUGAUGUAGCUGCUAAAUUGCAAUGGUUUACAUUAAAGGGUUAAAAUGGCAGGACCACUGCACUCCUAAAAUUUCAUUGUGAUGACUUAUUGAUCCUUUAAUGUAGUUUACACAAUCAAUCCCCUGCAUUAGUUUAUUUGGAAGUUUUGAUGGAAGCAUCUGUCUUGGAAGCUUUUAAAAAAAAGAAAGUGGGUGUUGGAUUCAUAACUAUAUACAAUUGCAUGAAAAGGCACAGAAAGGUGUAAGGUGGAAUUGAACAGAAAUUAACUGAAAACAGGUUUGUAAAAUGUAAGCUAAGCUAUGACUGUAGUCUGGUUUUGAGUUUUUGUUUUUUCUCAUCUCCUAUUAUGGCCUAAAUUUUAAAUUUCAUUUUUCCUGUAGGCUCUAGUGGUUAUGAUGCUUGGAGUGUUCCUUUAAGGCAUGUUGCUGUGAUGUAUUGUAUUUCCUAAAUGUGUCUGUCUUGCAGGCAGAAGAAGUGCUCCUCCUUUAGACCUAACCGGGCUUCCUGGUACUGAAAAGCUGAAUGAAAAAGAAAAGGAGGUAUGACAUUAGUUGAAAGUUCAGAUUUCUCGUGUUUAAUAGACAAUAAUGCAUGUGCUUUCAAUAAGUAUAUUCUUGUUUUAGCAUGUAAGAGUAAGGGCUUACUUCAUCAAAAAUCUCUUCGAUUUAGUUUUUUUUUUGUUUUAGUAUUUUAAACAAUCAUAAUUGUCAUUUAGAGCUUUGUGUUGGCAAAGUGUAAUACAUUACAGGCUUGUUUUAAAUCCUUGCUGUUUUGUGAAAACCCUCGAAACCCUAAUACAGAAUAAAUUGUGUGCUAGAUAAAUCAAUUGGCUAAAGUAUGCCAGCUUGUAUUAGUCAAUAGUUAUUUGUGAAACAAAAUUAUGCAAAUUUUGCUGUAGAACAUUUUCUUUAUUUAAUUUAACCAUUGGUUGAAUUUUCCAGUAAACAGGGUAAGCCAGGGCUCGGCAAAUACAAAUUUCCACUUGCGCCUGGGAUUUGCCAGCUCUUUAACGUGGCCGCUGAGGGAGCUUCUUUUUUUUUAAUUUUUUUUAUUCUUUAUUUUGUUGUGUCGAUUCAACAGAAAUGUCCACAUUGCCACAACAGUUUAUGCAGGCAUACUUAGCAACAUAUAUUAAUACAGUAGCUGCAUACAUAUACACAUAGCACUUUUUUACAUAUUAAUUGUGUAGUUGGGGUGUCGUCUAUUGUUUCAGGCAUGUCCAAGACCUGGUGGAUUCUGUGAGUGUGCCUUCUUAGGGUUUGUCUUUGGACAUGUGUUGUCUUAUGAGUCUGUUUGAAAACCAGCUAUGGAGGCGUAUUUUGUAUGUGUGGUGUGAGGUCUGUGGGGUCUCCCCAAUGUGACUGUCUGUCUAGUCCCAGGUGUGUGAGGGUGAGUCUUGUCGUGAAUGGGGUGCCCUAGGAUGGUAUGUGUCCCUCAUCAGGGAUACCCUCCUGUCAUAAUGGAUAUGUUUUUAUCUGUUUUUAACCAUGUUCGUGUGGGGAGAUAGGUCAAAUGCAGAGAGGGAGCUUUGAAGGCAGCCGCCGUUGGACAGCAUGCAGCCGGCCACCCGCGGGAGCAAGGAGGUGGCCAGCUGAGGCAGCAUGCAACGGGCCACCCGCGGGAGCAAGGAGGCGGCUGGCCGAAGCAGCAUGGAGGCGGUGCACGAGGGAGCAGUACUCUUACUGCAGCUCCUCUCUGCUUCCUUGCUCUGUUUAAUGAUGCCAGGAGCCGGAAUAUGAGGUCACUCCGGUCCCGGCAUCCUUACAGAGAGCGAGCAGGGAGAAGAGAGGAGCUGCAGUAAGAGUACUGCAGAAAGAGAAAAGGCCCACUGGACCCCAGGGAAAGACCCACUCAGCUCUCCUAAAGGUAUGGAGGCUGAGUGGGUUUCAAUUAAUACAAAAAUGUGAGUCUGUGUCUGUCUGUGUGCACGCGUGCCCCCUCCGAUCGUACGAGGAAUGUGUUUUUACUGACCUUUUCCCCCCAAACCGUGCCACUUUUGCCGUGGCUGGUACGACUUCAGUGGAUGAGAUUAUCAAUCUUUAUGAUCUCAGCUAAGCAGGAUUUUGUGCAUGCCCAGCAAAUGUGCCAAUCCGCAUCUCCUCAUAGGGAUGCAUUAAGUUAAUGAAUCUCUAUGAGGAACAUUCAGCGCCUCCAUGCAUAGCUUGGAGACCAUGAACGUCGGUGCUGCACAUGGUGCACCAGUGACCCAGGAUUCUCUAGUGGCCAUCUGAGUGACUGUCACUAGAGGUGUUACUAAGCAGCAAUGUAAAUACUGAUUUUUGCUGAAAAGGCAGUGUUUACACUGAAAAGCCUGCAUGGUAUAUAGUCACCAGAACAACUACAUCAAGCUGUGGUGGUUUUGGUGUCUAUAGUGUCCCUUUAAGAAUUGCUUUUUUUCUUGUUGAAAAUGACUGGCUCCUAACUUUUUUAGCUGGCUCCUAGAUUCCAAACAAAUUUGUCAAACCCUGGGGUAAGCCAUCAGAUCCUGUAGAGCAGAUGUUUAACAGUAGGCUGGUUGUAAUGUGGGAAAGAGGACACCUAUUCUCAAGGAGUUUUAUUUGCUGAUUGGUAGUUGCUUCCAUCUUAAGUGCUGGACAGUUGUCUUUUAAAUAGAUUGCCCAGACUUUAUAUACUAAGCUCCUCAUUGGCAGAAAUGUCCUCAUUUAUUACUUGGCUUCAGAACAAUUGAAAUAAAAGAUAUGUGGACAUUCAAGUUGAUUCAUAACCUUCAAAUAUCAGAAAGAAGAGGUGCAUGAGGAAGUUUUCCACAAUCUUCUAAAAGAAGCCAUUGACCAUGAUGAACUUGUUAAUCAUCAGUAAAAGUCAUAAGACCUCUCUAACCAUUGACUUAUAUAAAUAUAUAUUCUCACGGUAAUUUUAGGUCCACAGGUUCUUGGGUUUAGUUGCUCAUUAUAAUGAGAUUUGAGUUAAAUUUUCUGUGAUUUUGUUAGUAGCUGCUGUCCAGCAGUGCACAUGGAAGCAACUGCUUAUAACUACUUAGAAAUAAGGAUUUUGUGGUAAGUUGUUUUUGUUUUUUCUUUAUUUAACCAAAGAAUGGACUUUGCUCAGGAGUUAUAGUUUACCUGUCUGCAUAUAGCUGUGUAUCAAUGUUGUAUUAAGGAAAAAUGUACUGCUGUGCUUCAACUGCAUUAUUUGGUUUUAAAAGCUAUGUUUAACCCUCCUCCUCCCCCCUGACAGACGUCGGGUGGAUUUAGAAUCCCUACUGAUGGGGGCAGAUCUCCCGCAAUUCUAUAUCUGGGCCCCAAGGGAGCAUAGGGCACUUCUCCGUACAACCUGCCCAUCUGUGACCAACUUGAUCUGGGUCACCCCUCUCACCCCUAUAUAUCGCAACAUAGUUUUUGCCCCGGGCAUGAGAGCCAGAGAUUUUAGGGACAUAGAACAUGCUGGGCUCCAGAGGAUUUAUUAGCUAUGUAGUGGAGAUACUAUAGUCUUUUUACAGAACUACAAAACAGAUCAACAUUAACUCGUCAGAUUUUUUUCAGAUAUCUCCAAAUCUCCAAAAACUUUUUUUUGAACGAAUAUGCAAUGCAGAAAUGUAUUAAAAAGGCAUGAUCACUCUGCUCUACUCCCACCUUUACUGAACUACAACUCCCAUGAUUCUUUGAAUUACAUAGAUAGCCAGAGAAUCAUGAGCAUUGUAGUUCAGCAACAUCUGGGGGGCCAGAGUUUGAGGACCCCUGCUCUAGAGGGUAUUGAUUGGCAGGAUAUUUGGAAAGCUAACUCUAAAACAUCCAUCUGUGUCACAAUGCAAGAACAAUCUUACAAAACGAUGUUCCGGUGGUAUACCACACCAGUUAAAUUGUAUUACAUGAAGAAAACGUCCACAGAUCUCUGUUGGAGAGACUGCGGAGCUAAGGGAACUUAUGAACACAUGUGGUGGAGCUGCCCAAAGGUAACAUUAUUUUGGACUGAGGUCCAGACACUAAUAGCCCAAAUACUCCCUAAACAUAGAAGGAAUGUGUGUCUAUAAGGCGCUUAUGAUAUAUUAAAUAGAAAUAAAAUUUGCUUAUAGCAGCUACCACAUCAAAAUAGGGACUCUCUCCCCUAUAGAACAUUACAGGGAGUGCAGAAUUAUUAGGCAAAUGAGUAUUUUGACCACAUCAUCCUCUUUAUGCAUGUUGUCUUACUCCAAGUUGUAUAGGCUCGAAAGCCUACUACCAAUUAAGCAUGUUAGGUGAUGUGCAUCUCUGUAAUGAGAAGGAGUGUGGUCUAAUGACAUCAACACCCUAUAUCAGGUGUGCAUAAUUAUUAGGCAACUUCCUUUCCUUUGGCAAAAUGGGUCAAAAGAAGGACUUGACAGGCUCAGAAAAGUCAAAAAUAGUGAGAUAUCUUGCAGAGGGAUGCAGCACUCUUAAAAUUGCAAAGCUUCUGAAGCGUGAUCAUCGAACAAUCAAGCGUUUCAUUCAAAAUAGUCAACAGGGUCGCAAGAAGCGUGUGGAAAAACCAAGGCGCAAAAUAACUGCCCAUGAACUGAGAAAAGUCAAGCGUGCAGCUGCCACGAUGCCACUUGCCACCAGUUUGGCCAUAUUUCAGAGCUGCAACAUCACUGGAGUGCCCAAAAGCACAAGGUGUGCAAUACUCAGAGACAUGGCCAAGGUAAGAAAGGCUGAAAGACGACCACCACUGAACAAGACACACAAGCUGAAACGUCAAGACUGGGCCAAGAAAUAUCUCAAGACUGAUUUUUCUAAGGUUUUAUGGACUGAUGAAAUGAGAGUGAGUCUUGAUGGGCCAGAUGGAUGGGCCCGUGGCUGGAUUGGUAAGGGCAGAGAGCUCCAGUCCGACUCAGACGCCAGCAAGGUGGAGGUGGAGUACUGGUUUGGGCUGGUAUCAUCAAAGAUGAGCUUGUGGGGCCUUUUCGGGUUGAGGAUGGAGUCAAGCUCAACUCCUAGUCCUACUGCCAGUUCCUGGAAGACACCUUCUUCAAGCAGUGGUACAGGAAGAAGUCUGCAUCCUUCAAGAAAAACAUGAUUUUCAUGCAGGACAAUGCUCCAUCACACGCGUCCAAGUACUCCACAGCGUGGCUGGCAAGAAAGGGUAUAAAAGAAGGAAAUCUAAUGACAUGGCCUCCUUGUUCACCUGAUCUGAACCCCAUUGAGAACCUGUGGUCCAUCAUCAAAUGUGAGAUUUACAAGGAGGGAAAACAGUACACCUCUCUGAACAGUGUCUGGGAGGCUGUGGUUGCUGCUGCACGCAAUGUUGAUGGUGAACAGAUCAAAACACUGACAGAAUCCAUGGAUGGCAGGCUUUUGAGUGUCCUUGCAAAGAAAGGUGGCUAUAUUGGUCACUGAUUUGUUUUUGUUUUGUUUUUGAAUGUCAGAAAUGUAUAUUUGUGAAUGUUGAGAUGUUAUAUUGGUUUCACUGGUAAUAAUAAAUAAUUGAAAUGGGUAUAUAUUUGUUUUUUGUUAAGUUGCCUAAUAAUUAUGCACAGUAAUAGUCACCUGCACACACAGAUAUCCCCCUAACAUAGCUAAAACUAAAAACAAACUAAAAACUACUUCCAAAAAUAUUCAGCUUUGAUAUUAAUGAGUUUUUUGGGUUCAUUGAGAACAUGGUUGUUGUUCAAUAAUAAAAUUAAUCCUCAAAAAUACAACUUGCCUAAUAAUUCUGCACUCCCUGUAUAUAAAGUAAGUGUACACACAGUGUAGGAGGACAUUGUGAUAAUAAAAACCACCACUUGUGUAUAUGUCAAGCGCUAGAGAUAUGUAAACUUACCCCUAUGGAUUAACACAAUUUGACAUGCAAAGGAAAAAAGUAUCACAAUCCCUAAACAUGUUGACCUGAACCCCUGGACGUUCUUACCCAAACCAAUCGAUGAUUGGACUCUGGCUGAACAGCAAUUGUUUAACAAAAUUGCAUUGGCCACUCGACUGGCUCUAGUCCAAACGUGGCCCUAUUCAACCACACCUCCCAUAAACAUGGUCCUUCAAAAAAAAGAAAAGUAUCUUAUGGACAAACUGACUGCACAAGUUCAGGGAUCCAUGAAGGCUUUCUCUAGAGUCUGGGAGCCAUGGAAAGACUAGAAGGACAACUAAUAAAAAAGGCCCCUGAUGCUGCACCAAAGUCUAAUCUUGCCCCCCCACCCACCUCUCCUAGAAGAUGCUCCUUCCGCCAUUGCCGACCAGAGACCUCCGGACCUCUCACUACUUUUCUCCUUUUUCCUCUUUCUCUAACUACUUCUCCCUCUUCUUUACCGAAACCCCUUUUUCCGCUACUUUCUAAAAGGUAUAAAAUCCUCAGGACCUGAGACAGAGUAUUAUACCCAACUAAUACCUGGCAUUUUAAUCUUUAUAUAAACCAAUUUAUCACAAAGUGGAGAGAGGCAUUUAUGACUACUACUGCAUUCUCUUGAAUGUUCGAUAACCACUUGAUCAUGAACGCCCUGAAAUAUUGUUAUAUGUAAAUGCUGUUACUCUACUCUCUUUUAUAUUGUCUGUAUAUUCCUCUCUGCUAUACGAUAUAUUACCGUGAUGAAACGCAACUUUCUCUGUAAACUGAUGUGUGUGCCAUAUUGCAAUCUGAAUGUCUUGUUUUUUUUCUGCGAAAAAAAAACUAUGGUUAAAAUGUGCUUCAUUGCAAAAGUAGCCGGAAGAAAUGCAAGAUAUACUCUGAAACACAAAGCUUGCCUGGGCUCAUUUGUAUUUCCAGCAGGACGUUCUUGAAACAUGGACACAUGGUUUGUCAGAAUUCCUGUGCCCAAAACAUACUUUUACCAAGAUCUGACUUUUGAUGUGCUCCCUUACAUACAUGUACGUUUCUCUCAUUCAAGAAAGCUAGUAGAUUGAAACUCUUUAUAAAAACCUCACAACUCAAAUUAUUUUUCCUGUUUGUUUUAUUCCGUUAUAGUCCAUUUUCUAGGUUACUUAGUCCCAGAGUCUUUAUUCCCCCCAAUAAUAUGGUGCUAAUGCUCAAAAACUGGCAAUAACCAAAUACACAAAGUCAAAAAUGUAAUUUCUUUUGUCUUGCAGCUUUGUCAAGUGGUGAGAUUGGUUCCUGGUGCUUAUCUGGAAUACAAAGCAGCACUAAUGAAUGAGUGCAGAAAGCAAGGAAGUUUACGACUGGCACAGGCUCGCACUCUUAUUAAGAUAGAUGUGAAUAAGACUCGCAAGAUUUAUGAUUUUCUUAUACGAGAAGGAUUUAUUAUGAAACCUCAACAAUAA